UUCUAAUUUUCCUAAAGUUGAAGUAAGGUUUCAAAGAUUGCAAAUUAUAUAUCUGCGGGAUACAUCAAACAAAUUUGACCUGCAAUGAAUCUGGAACAGAAAACCAAAUCCAAGAAAAUGACCACAGAACAAGUGAAGGAACUGAUUGCAGCUCGUGUGCAUUUCAAUAACCUUUUCACCAGGAAAUUUUUCGAUAAAAAAGCGGCCUGGAGGACUAUACAAGACCAUACGGGACUGUUCGAAUUUACAGUGGAGCAGCUUAAAAUAAAAUGGGCUAACUUGACCAGGAAGUACAAGCUACUUAUCACCCCGCCCACUGGAGGUGCCACGGAGAAUGGUGAGACAACACCAGGCGAUUGGGAAUAUUUCGAUCUACUCCACGAAAAAAAGUAGAAUUAACUUCAAAAGCGUUCAGCUGUUCAACGAAAACAAACAAGUCAAUAUGUCACACCUUUCCCAGAAUAAGGGCGUAGGUUACAAAGAGAAUUUUUAUCGUAAU